AUGGCCCAGAGUAUUCUUCUUCCCUCUUUGCUGCUAUCUUUGAUGAUUGCUGGUAAGACCAUUUUACAAGUCCUUCUCCUUGAAGCAUUCUUUUAAUGAAAACUUGUGUUGAUCUUAAUUGCGGGUAAAUACAUUGGAAAUGCAUCCGUUUAGUCACUUUUCGUUUUACCCGCGAUAACGACAUGCGUGCGUAAUUCAAGGAAAUUAUUGACUUGAAAUGGCUUUGCAGGCUACUUACCCAGUGGUAUGAGGCAUGAGUAAUGGCUAGUUAGCGCUCUUGUUCUAAUAAUCAUUUCUUUAUUAUAGGCGUUAGCCCCGUUUGUCCAGACAAUGAUAUCACCGUCAAAGAUGAGGCUCUCGAUGGAUACAAGUGCAAAAAAUGUCAAACAUGCCCGGCAGGGGAGGGGCUGUCAGUCAACUGCGGGGACGUCAUUACCCCUCAAACACCUAUUAAAUGCCAGUCUUGUGUUCUCGGUGAAACGUAUUCGGGUGGAAAUCAAGCUGGCGCAUGCAAGAUUUGCGACCCUUGUGACGAGUACCAGGAAACUAUCAAAGCUUGUACUCUGACAUCAAAUGCAGUUUGUGGCAACUGCAAGCAUGGGGCCUACUUUGACAACAUAGUGGGAAGGUGCAAGCCAUGUUCUCCUUGCUGUAACGAUGGCAAAGAUAUAUUAGAGCCCGCAUGUAAAGUCCCUGAGGUCGCGGCAAACAUGCGGUGUAACUUUGUGCGAUCUGAGAAGUGCGCAAAGGUAGCAGUGAGGAACGUAAGCACCAGCCCCUCGCCAACACAGCACCCGACUCCAUCAACCGCCGUCAUAUCAAGUCCAACGACAAUGCCCACGACAAAGAAAUUAGAGAAACCGUCAGUUAUUAGUGCGUCAUCUGGCACAUCCUCCCGCUUUAUUGGUAUCGUUGCAGGUGUUCCUACCGGUGCCGUGGUAUUAGCUGUUCUUGUUUUAUUUUGCUACUGUAAAAAAAGGAGAAACCUUAAGACCAAAACUGGCUUGCACACCGUGGAGAAUGAACGUCAUGAAGUUGGGCUUGAGCAAGAUCUUCUGAUUGUGGCUACGCCGGAACAAGAGUCUCCUUACCAGUCCCCGAUGUUACCUGUUGAGGAGACUUGCAAAAAUCCACUACCUAUACAAGAUUCCCAGCCACCAGCAUGUUCUGAUUCAAAAGGUAACUUCAAUCUUGUUAUAUAAUAAGAGACUUAAGUCAUUCCAUGGGCAAAAACUGAACUGAGUACUGAUCCCGCAGUCUUUAUCUUAUAGUAAAUAGGAAAUAAUACGAGUAUCCUCUAUUUUUUUCGGGUCUGUCAAGCGAAACGCGGACGAGAAAAUACAAAUCUGACCAGAUACGUUCCAAAACAAGUUUUUUUUUUUGGCCACACCACCUGGGUCUACGUCCCUCAUUCUUUUCGAACAGUGGGGUGGGUUCUUUUACGUCCCACAUGAACAGAUCAUUGAAAGUGCUGUGUGAAAGUGCUUCUAGUUUCGAGAAACUAGAGGAAUAAGAGACUUUUUAAGUUUUUUAAUUGAGCAACUCUUUCUGCCAUUUCUUUGUUUAGAUUUCAAAACUUCCCAGUCAUAUAAAGACCCUCCGAGUAUGCUCUCCAUUGAAGACCACAAAGAGACCGCGGCAACCCCCAGGAAGACUGGUGACGAGCCGGACAGAGUAUAA